AGAGUUCUAACUCCAGUGAUGGGGCACCAGCAGAACCUGAACAGGACCAGGAGAAUCCUAGAGCUAAGAAGCUUUGGCGCUGCCCAGAAUGUGGAAUAGAGAUCGCUCACCCAUCUAAUUUCAACAGACACCUGAGAACACACACAAAACCUGCUAAGGAGUCUUCCGUCUGUCCAGUAUGUGUAAAAGACUUUGUUCACCCCUCCAAACUGAAGAGACACCUCCGAACACAUACAGGAGAGAAGCCUUACCAGUGCUCUGUGUGCGGGAAGCGAUUCACACUGAAGCCCCACCUGGAAAGACAUCAGAUGACCCACCCUGGAGAGAAGCAGCCAGACGCGAAAAAGAAGCACCCGUGCUCCGAUUGUGGAAAGGAAUGUUUCUCUGCAUAUGAACUGAAGAUGCACAUGAGAAAGCACACAGGGGAGAGACCUCACCAGUGCUCCUACUGCGAGAUGAGCUUUGGCUGUAAGGGAACUCUAUCGAGACACGUACGACGCCAUACAGGAGCACCCACACCAAAACCUUACCAAUGCUCACAGUGUGGGAAGAGAUACGAAUCACCAUCGAGGCUGAGGCAGCAUCAGACUAUGCACACUGGAGAGAAACCUUACGAGUGCUCUGAUAGCGGGAGGGAUUUUGCUUCGACCAAAGGUCUUCUCAAAUGUCAAUGCAGCCAUGCCAGUAACCAUAGCAACCAGUGUACACUGGGAAUUUCAGAUACGGCGUCAUCAGGCAGUCGAACUAUGAAUAUCAAGAUCGAAGACGAGGAACAGGAGCUGGCAAUUAAUGUCAAAGAGGAGGAGGAGGAGGAGGAAAUUGGUGUUUUUGUCUAUGCUGAUAGAGAGAAACCUUACCAGUGUACAUCCUGUAAAAAUACCUUUGUUCACCGUAGCUCUCUAGCAAGACACAAAAAAUCCCACACUAGUGCCGCACAAUACAGCUGCUCAGAAUGUGGGAAGGAAUUCAGCCAAUCGUGUACUUUCAAGAUACACAUGCAACAGCACACCGGAGAGAACCCGUACCACUGCUCUCAGUGUGAUAAGAGUUUCUCAGCUUCACCACUCCACAAAAGACACCAACGAGUUCACACUAAGGUGAAACCUCACCCCUGCUCUCUCUGCAGAGAGAAAUUCUCCUCAUCAGCAAAAGAGUCCUGUCUCCAUGCCGGAGCUGUGACUAGCCUGAGCCAAGCUCCUGGACAGGGAUCACGGCAGCAGGUGUCUGCAGCGGUAGAGGAGUCUGUUGUACUGGAUGUCAAAGUGAAAGAUGAGGAAGAUCCUGCUUUUGCAGAGAGACCUGACCACUGCUCUGAGAGCGAAGGGAGUCCCUCUACAUCAGGACUACCUGAACAACACCAGGGGAAUCACACAGCUAAGAAGAUUCAUUGCUGUUCAGUGUGUGGAAAAAACUGUCACAAGUUAUCAAAACUACAAACACAUAUGAGAACUCACACAGGAGAAAAACCGUACUCCUGCUCUGUCUGUGGGAAGCAAUUCAGUGAGAAUGGAAACCUGAAAAAACACCAGACGUUGCACACAGGAGAGAAGCUGUACAGUUGCUCCGUGUGCGGGGAAAGUUUCUCUUCAUCGUCAAAUCUUACCAAACACCAGAGAACACACACAGGAGAGAGUCCAGUGUCUGUAGCUGUAGAAGAGUGUGGUUUUACAUCAGCACUGGUUAUCAAAGUGAAAGAGGAGGAAAAGGAUCCUGCUUUUGCAGAGAGACAUGACCACUGCACUGACAGUGAAGGGAGUCCCUCUACAUCAGAACUACCUGAACAACACCAGGGGAAUCACACAGCUAAGAAAAUUCACUGCUGUUCAGUGUGCGGACAAGACUGCAAAAAGUUAUCAAAACUGCUAAUACAUAUGAGAAUACACACAGGAGAAAAGCCAUACCCUUGCUCUGUGUGUGGAAAGCAGUUCCGUGUAAAAAGACAUCUCCAAGACCACCAGACAGUGCACACUGGAGAGAAACCUUAUGUCUGCUCCAAAUGUGACAAGAGACGGGAUUUCGGAGGGGAGAGCCUCUACAUCAGGAGAACCUAA